AGGCGGGACGGAAGGAGCGGGGGAGGCCCCUUACGCAAACUACAAUUCCCGAAGGGGACCGCGGUGAAGGGGGGUGGGAUCUGAACAUGGCGGCGGUGGUAGCUGCUACGGCGCUGAAGGGCCGGGGGGCGAGAAAUGCCCGCGUCCUCCGGGGGAUUCUCUCAGGAGCCACAGCUAACAAAGCUUCCCAGAACAGGACCCGGGCACUGCAAAGCCAUGGCUCCCCAGAGUGCAAGGAGGAGCCUGAGCCCCUGUCUCCUGAGCUGGAAUACAUUCCCAGAAAGAGGGCCAAGAACCCCAUGAAAGCUGUGGGACUAGCCUGGUACAGCCUGUACACCCGCACCUGGCUUGGGUACCUCUUCUACCGACAGCAGCUGCGCAGAGCUCGGAAUCGCUACCCCAAAGGCCACUCCAGGACCCAGCCCCGCCUCUUCAACGGAGUGAAGGUGCUUCCCAUCCCCGUCCUCUCGGACAACUACAGCUACCUCAUCAUUGACACCCAGGCCCGGCUGGCUGUGGCUGUGGACCCUUCAGACCCUCAGGCCGUGCAGGCUUCCAUUGAGAAGGAGGGUGUCACCUUGGUCGCCAUUCUUUGCACUCACAAGCACUGGGACCACAGCGGGGGGAACCGCGACCUCAGCCGGCGGCACCACGACUGCAGGGUGUACGGGAGCCCUCAGGACGGCAUCCCCUACCUCACCCAUCCCCUCUGUCAUCAAGACGUGGUUAGCGUGGGGCGACUUCAGAUCCGGGCUCUGGCCACCCCUGGCCACACACAAGGUCAUCUGGUCUACCUGCUGGAUGGGGAGCCCUACGAGGGUCCUUCCUGCCUCUUCUCAGGGGACCUGCUCUUCCUCUCUGGUUGUGGACGGACCUUCGAGGGCACUGCCGAGACCAUGCUGAGCUCGCUGGACACUGUGCUGGGGCUGGGGGACGACACUCUGCUGUGGCCUGGUCACGAGUACGCGGAGGAGAACCUGGGCUUUGCAGGUGUGGUGGAGCCUGAGAACCUGGCCCGGGAGAGGAAGAUGCAGUGGGUGCAGAGGCAGCGGAUGGAGCGCAAGAGCACGUGCCCGUCCACGCUGGGAGAGGAGCGCUCCUACAACCCUUUCCUGAGGACCCACUGCCUGGUGCUGCAGGAGACCCUGGGCCUGGGCCCGGGCCCCAGCGAGGACGAGGGCUGCUCCCGGGCCCAGCUCCUGGAGAAGCUCCGCCGGCUGAAGGACCUGCACAAGAGCAAGUGACGCCCCCGGCCCACCCGCGCGGUGGGGAGGCCAGCCAUGGCCCGCACACCCACCCCCUCAUCGCUACCAUCGCCGCCUCCAUCAGAGCCCAGGGUGGGCGCCAUUCUCCAGUACUGGUCGUGGGGGAGGGACAAAGCGGGGGACUUGGGGGCUAGAGAAAGGGGACUGCUUGCAGGCUGGGAGGCUCCCUGGGGUGCGGCUGAGCUAUCAGGGGUGACAGGAAAUGAGGGGCCCUGGGACAUGUCCAGACCUAGCUGGGAGGGUCCGCUCCUCCCUCCCCUGUUCCUGAUGUGGUAGCGAGCGGCUCCUAGCCCCUCCCUCUGAAGGCCUCACUCUCGCUGGAGCCACGAAACCCAGGGCACGGGAGCCGCCGACAGGCUGGGUCCCCCUUCCCCUGCCCCCCAUUCAGGGUGGGAAAGGAAACUCAGUCCCCCAAAGUGGCCCGAGGUGAGACGUCUUGGAGAAGUGGUCACUCAGAGGGGCGCCUGGGCUCUGGUUCCUGAAACACUGCCCCUCAUCCCCCAACACCCCCGACCCUGCCGUGCCCUGCCCCUGCGAAGGCACUUUUCAAAUGAAGCCGCUUCCGAGAAAGAUGGAAGGGCUGGAAGUCGGGCUUCCUGGCCAGUGCCUGCCUCAGUGACUUCCCUACCGCCUGGAAGAGGGAGGGCCCUGGUUGCCAAGGAAACCUCAACCUCGGGCUGAGGAGACACCAGAGGCUGCUGGGAUUGCAGCCCAACAGUCCUGAGGGUGGCACUGGCUCCCUGCACAGCUGGCCUGGUCCUGCCUGCUGGCCUCUGCCCCUGCCCUGGGCCGACAGGGCCGCUCGCUUCCAGGGGAGAGAGAGCCAUUGCCUACCACGGCCACUGCCGUUUUCUCAUCACAGCCCUUAUUCCUAGAACUUCUGCCUUCCUCUAACUUCCGCUUUACCCUCAGCCCCUUUCCCCUUUUAGCUAUUAACAACAGUCAUCUGGCCCCUUGCAGUAUGCCGAGAACAUGCUGCGUCAUUUCUCACUCGAUCCUUGGCCCCAUCCUGGCUGGGGGUGCGUCCACACGGCAGUCAGGCAUCAGAAGUCUGGGAGUGAGCGGCAGCUUCCAGGACCCCGGGGCUGGGCCGUCCCAUCUGCUCGGCCCUCCCUCAGCUCAGCUUCUCCUCUGGUCUCGGGUCCAGCUCCCUUUGGGGCCACGGUGAGGAACCCUAGGGUCCUCCAGCAGACGUCCUUAGGGCCAGCCAGGAACCUCCUCCCUUCAAAGAGAAGCCUUUCCCCAGGCUCUGCUCACCUCCGGCGAGCCUCCAAGAUGCCCCCUGCCCUCGGUUUCUCCUCAUCAUCCGGCCUCUGCCCCCUCUCCAGCCACAGCCUCCGAUACAACUCUAGCAAUACUUCCAGAAUAGUUAGAGUCCCUGCACCCAAAGACAUGCAAUUUCCUGCCUCUGUGCCUUCGCUCAUGCUGUUUCUUCAGAUUGGAAUGCCUUUUCCCUGCUCCUCCUGCCUUGUCUGCCUGGCAAACACCUGUUCGUCAUUCCAAUCCCCCUCAAAGCCCCCCUCCUCCAGGAAGACAACCCCUAUGCCUCUCCCCCUCCAGGCUACCUCUGCUCUUUGUAAAUGCUUCUCCCCUGGCACUCACCACUGUAUUUCACUUGUUUACAUGUGUGUCUCCCCUCCAGACUGUGAACCCUUCAGGGCAUGGACUGUAUCUUAUGCAUCUCUAUUUCCGCGCCUAGCACGGUGCCUGGCACGCAGUGGGCGCUCAAUAAAUGUUAAAUGAAUGAAUGAUUUAACAGAG